UUAGGGCUGAACCUCGGUGUUUGGGAGGUUUUUCUGGAGCCCCGAUGGCCGGUGAGUUCUGGAGAUGGACUCGGGCAGAGGGACCUUCAAUCUCAACGUGCUCAUCCCUUGUUUUCCCCAAACCAGGAUCUCCCAUUCCCAACCCCCGGGAGGCUGUGAGGAAGAGGAGGAUGCCCCGGGAGACGGAGGCAGAGCAGGAGCUGAGCAUGGAGAGCAGGGAGGACAAAUCCCCGCGGCAGAAGCUGGUGGCAGAGGCCGUUUUGAGCGGCUCCACGGCGCAGGAAGCCAACGGGGAGGAAAAGCCCCGGAGAUGCCGCACGAGGAGGGGCUGCAAACGCAGCUGGCGGGGAUCUGAGGGGGAAAGAGCCAGCCUGGGCCGGGAAGGCGGCCGCAGAUGGAGCCAGAGCUCGCAGCUGGUGGUCCGUGAGCAGCUCCGUGAUGGGGAGAAGCCCCACACGUGCGAGGAGUGUGGGAAGAGCUUCAGGUGGAGAUCCGACCUGAUCAGGCACAAGAGGAGCCACACUGGGGAGAGACCCUACGAGUGUGGGGAGUGUGGGAAGAGCUUCAGCCUGAGCUCCAACCUGAUGAAACACCAGAAAAUUCACAGCGGGGAGAGGCCCUAUGAGUGUGGGGAGUGUGGGAAGAGCUUCAGAAGCAGCUCCCACCUGAUCAGCCACCAGAGGAUCCACACAGAGGAGCGGCCCUACAAGUGUGGGGAGUGUGGGAAGAGCUUCAGAGACAGCUCCCACCUGAGCAAGCACCUGAGGAUCCACACUGGGGAGAGGCCCUACGAGUGUGGGGAGUGUGGGAAGAGCUUCAGAAGCAGCUCCCACCUGAUCAGCCACCAGAGGAGCCACACUGGGGAGAGACCCUACGAGUGUGGGGAGUGUGGGAAGAGCUUCAGCCACAGCUCCAAUCUGAUCAGUCACCAGAGGAUCCACACUGGGGAGAACCCCUACGAGUGUUCCAAGUGUGGGAAGAGGUUUCAGAGCAGCUCCAAUCUCCUCCAGCACUAUCAGACUCACACAGAGGAGAGGCCAUUCCUCUGCCCCGACUGCGGGAAGGGAUUCAGGCAGAACUGCGCCCUGGUCAGCCACCGGCGCAUCCACACUGGGGAGAGGCCCUACGAGUGUGAUAAAUGCAGGAAGAAGUUUCAGACCAGCUCCCAUCUCCUCCUGCACUAUCGCAUUCACACAGAGGAGAGGCCCUUCAGGUGCCCCGACUGCGGGAAGGGAUUCAAGCACAACUCCAACCUCGUCACCCACCGGCGCAUCCACACUGGAGUGAGGCCCUACGAGUGUGGGGAGUGUGGGAAGAGCUUCUCCCAGAGCUCUACCUUGACCCAACACCAACGGAGGCACCGGUGAGGGAAGCCCUGCGAGUGCCCCGAGUGCGGGAAGAGCUUCGUGCGCUGCUCCAGCUCCAUCCCCCACUGCAGGACCCACGCUGGGCACAGCCCUGCUGACCCACAUUCCCUGUGAUCCAUGAUGGGAACACACCUCGCUGCUUGUCCUUUUGGUUUGGCCUUAAUGUUUUUUUCUCUUCUCAAUCUCUAUGUAGUCCAAAAGCCAGGAGGCAUCGACCAGGUGCUUCAGAACACCUCAGUCCCACUGAAAGCAAGGGAAUUGCUGAACAAAGGCUCGACGCCACCUGAGAUUGCUUGUUCCCAGCUCAAAAAGUCUAAAUCCAACUCCAAAGGGUGUCGACUCCACAGCGGAGAGGGCGAGAUGGGGUUCAAAGCAGAUUGGCAGAGGUGGGAUCCCAAUUUGGAGCGGUGGGAUGGGGAUUGUGUGGGGCUGGGUGUGUGGGAUGUAUUUGAUAGCAAAUAAAACUCUCAGACUUAC